AUGCUUCUAUCAGCUCCCUUCGCCCUUGCGGCAAUGGCCUUGACCACCAGUUUCGUCUCGGGCACCAGCACGGGACAGACCCAGCUGGUCACCUACCUCAAAAAGGGCGCGAAUCUGACCCGGGCCGAGUUCUGGGACUACUGGCAGACCCAGCACGCACCCAAAGUGGCUCCUCUCGCCGUACAUCUCGGUAUAACCCGUUACCAGCAGAUCCAAGUCAGCGGCCAAGUGCUCCCAACACUGGUCGGGCGGGACGAGCCAUCCUCGGAGGUGCCCGUCGAGUUCGACGGCAUCGCCAUGUUGCUGUACCCGUCUGUCGAGGUCAUCCACGCGUUCGUCACGCACCCGUACUACACCGACGUGGUGGAGCCGGACGAGCACAACUUCAUGGACAAGUCUGCGUUCGGCGCAGGGAUGGUUGCGACGUUCAGGGGGACCCAGAUCGAAGUGGCCGACGACAAUGAGUAUGUGUGGACCGGCGACCGGGCGACUCGACAGUUGUAUAUGGAUCUCUUCGCGACAUACUUGUAA